AUGCAAGACGACGAAGAGGAUCUUUCUCUCGGCCAUGUUUUCACGGAACCUCCGCGUCCACCAACACCCCCGCCAACCUUUGCAACAUACACUCGAAACACCUUCCCCGAUCUCAAAAUCCGUCUGGUAGGAUCUCAUCCGUUAUGGGCUCAUCAUUUAUGGAAUGCAGCAUUAGCAUUUGCAUCAUAUAUAGACUCAAAUCCAGAGAUAGCACACAAUCGCUGCGUACUCGAACUCGGAGCUGGUGGAGGCCUCCCAGGACUCGUUUCAGCACAAAAUGGUGCCAAAAAAGUUGUACUGACAGAUUACCCGGAAGCGGUACUCAUCGAUAACUUAGAAUUUAACGCGAGAAAAAAUCUGUCCCCUGAUGAGCAGGAUCAUGUUGAGACUCAGGGAUAUAUCUGGGGCCACCCCGUAGACAACUUACUACGGGCACUCCCAAAGGACCCCGCCUCAACUGGAUUUCACUUAAUCAUAUUAUCAGACCUAAUCUUCAAUCACUCGCAACAUGAUGCAUUAUUGAAAUCUUGUGAUAUGUGCUUGAUUUCCCGCUCCGCAAACAAUGAUACUUCAAUUGCACCAUGCGUGCUGGUUUUCUACUCUCAUCAUCGACCGCACUUGGCAGACCGGGAUCUUGAUUUUUUCCGCAAAGCUCAGGAUGCAGGCUGGGUUUGCGAGGAGAUAGUGACACGCAAAUAUCCGCCCAUGUUCCCGGAAGAUCCAGGCGAAGAGGAAGUUCGUGCUACAGUACAUGGUUGGAGGAUGACCAGGGGGGAUACCGGCGAUUUUCCUCACUGAAUUUUGAUUUAGCGCAUUGAUAAAGUCUACUUUCAUUCCAGGUAGGUGCUACAGCACCCCUCAUCGUUUGUAAGACUUCCCAUGACGCGCCCCACAUGAUAUGGUCACAUCUAUAAUUGAGAUCCAGGUCCAGUGGGUAAUACUUUGAUAAAUAGAUUCCGAGUGAUAAGCACGAAACGUGACAGACAUUUCCCAGCGUUCCUUAUAUGAAUCGGAUUACUGUCUGACCUAGUAAUAAACUUUGUUUCACUACCACGUGCGUGUUGAAUCAUGCUAUUCCUCAAGUCUUGACGACUGGAGAAGAACCAACAGGCUGGCUCGUGGCUGCGUAUGUAGGUGACUACGGGGCAUUCGACUGGUUCGUGUCACCAUAUCCAGGUGACUGCGGAGCACUCUGCUGGGGCGCCGGAGCAGGUGUUUCCGCGUCAGUGUCUG